CCCCAAAGAAACUUCUCCCCCACGUUCCCACCCUUGCAACCUAUAUCAUUCUCUUUUGUCAAGCAUUAAACCCUCUUUCCACAUUGCAACUUUCUGCCUUCUUCAGCAGCAGUGUGUCAAAAACUUCAUAUCAUUCAUGGCCAAGCCACAAAAUACAAAACCCGGGUGUUUCUCUUUCUCAAGCUUCCUACGCGUGUUUCUAUGUGCUGGAAAUGGAACUACUCCACCAGUGCACCCUUAUCACAUUACAGAAUCAGAAGAAUCAGAAAAUGCACAUUUCACCAAAGAAAAAAUGGUGGUGAAUGAUAAUGAUGAUAUUGCUUCUGCCCCUGGAGUGGUGGCAAGGCUAAUGGGGCUGGAUUCAUUUCCAAACCCCAAAUGGGUAGUGAAAUGUGGCACCCCAGAUUCGGUUCCUAGAAGCAGGUCAGUGAACUUUGUGGAUUACUUGCUUGAGUUUGAUGCAAGCCAUGUUAGUAGCCAUAGGAGGGUGAAGACCUCGGCAUCGUUCAGAGAGGUUCCUAGUUUGGUUCAGAACCAAAAGGGUAAUGGUUAUGGUAAUGGUAAUAAUCUCUUUGUGUUUUGCAUGGCUGGUGACAAUAACAUGAGGGAAGAGCAAGAGGGUAGAAAUGAGAUGAGGGAAGUGGAAAAGUUGAGGCAGAGGAAGAGGCAGAAGGAGAGUGUGAGUGUGAAGAAAGAGAGGAAUCAAGGGAAGAAGAACAAGAAGAUUUCCAAGCUGAAGAAUGAACCAAGGAGGGUCCCUUCUUCUUCUAAGAAUGGUUCAAGGGGUCGAAAUCAUCAUGGUGAGGUUAGAGAUUUUUCUUCUGUGUCCUCAAACCCCUCUAAGUGUAGUAGUUCUUGUAGUAGCAGACACAAUGGUGCUAGUUCAAGAACAAGGUUCAACACUUCUUUGCCAAAUAAGAACAAAAAGGGGGUUGUGGAACCAAAUAUCAGGAAUAGAAACCAGCAGUCAGUGUUGAAGGAAGAAAGUGAAUGCAGCUUGGAAAACCACAGUCCUGUUUCAGUUGUAGAGAGCAAUGACUAUCUUUUCCUGUAUGGAGCUGAUUUUCUAGAUGGUUCAAGCUCCCUUACGUCAAAGUGGGAAUCUCCAUCACUAUUGUCCUUGGGUGAUGAUGUUGAAGACAAUGCAAGUACUAAUGAAGGUUAUACCUUCAUUGAUGUCAACAAGGAAGCAGAGUAUUACUCAGAAUUGAUGUUGAAGCUUCGUACUUUGACUGAACAGGAUAUAAGAGAAUCAGAUUGUACCUCAAAACGUGUACGCGAUAUUGAAAGCUUUGGGGAUAUUUGUUUGAUGUUUGAGCAUAAAAUUUUCGACCACUUAUUAUAUGAGGUCGUCAAUGAAGUUAUAGAACUUUAUUGUUGAGAAUUUUGUCAUUUUGGUGUGUAAAAGAUUAAAUAGAUGUAGGAUAUUAUGUGAUGAUUUUGCAAAUGAACGCUUCUGCUUGCUACAUGAUAAAUAGUACUAACUUUAAGUGUUGAAUGAAGGAUGUUAUUUUUCUCAA